AUGGUGAAGAAGACCCCCACCAAGAAGGCCGCGGCCAAGCCUAAGAAGGCCGCUGAGCCUGAGGCGGCUGCGGAGCCAAAGGCAGCCCCUGCGGCCAAGGCUGCGGCCAAGCCUAAGGCGGCGGCAAAGCCCAAGGCAGCGGCCAAGCCCAAGGCGGCAGCAAAGCCCAAGGCGGCGGCAAAGCCUAAGGCAGCAGCCAAGCCCAAGGCAAAGGCGGCGCCCAAGAAGAAGGCUGCCCCCAAGGCCAAGAAGGCAGCCCCCGCCGCGGCUGAGUAG